UGAGAUGAAGAAUCAGACUGCUGAUGGAAACUGGACACCCCACACUAAAGAAGAACUGGAUAAAGAGAUGAAUAGACAAAAGCAAUUGGCGGAGCGAGAAAAAGAAGCUGUGGAAGAACUGAAGAAAAUUCACAGCAACGUUACAUCUGGUGGUUUGAGAAAGCAAGUUUCUGCGGACGAAGAUUCUUCAAAAACGAAGGACUUUGUUUCAAAGCCUUCUCUUCCUCCCCAUGUCGAAAAAAACCGUUCUGGCGAUGAAGACCCGAACAUAACUGCAGAAAGGAAUCUUGCAGAACACGCCUCUGUUGUAAAGAGUGGACUUUUUAAAGAAGAGAGAAAAAAGCAGAAAUCAACAAGCAGCAAUACUUCGACAACUUACGCCGAUGCGUCUACAGGAGAAACACAAGGGUUGGAAAAGAAUCUUUCUGAGAACUUAGCACAAGACCGAGCUGCAACUUCACGAGAAGCCGGAAAGUAUUCUAGUCGAAAGACGCUUUGGAGGUUCUUAUGCUGCGCUGUCGUGGAAGAGAGUAAAUAGAGAUUUCUCUCAAAGCCUACUUUAGUUUACGGAUAGGUUUUAUAAAUUGAUAUAAAUUGUUCUGAUGAAAUAGUUUCCUCUUAACUGGAAUACAUGUUCCUAUUCUGUAGCAAAGUUGUUUUUAAAGUAGCUUCAAACAGGAAGCUUGGUUUGCUACGGAGUUGCUCCUUUCCUAGAGACAAGUCACAUAUGUUCUACGUAGUAAAGAUGCGCUUUGUCUCGACCUCAAACUUUAACGUUUCCAGUUAAAGGCUGUUUAUAAUCAAAGGGUAAUCCUGAUAUCAACUUACUGUCACGUUGGAGCAGGAGUACAUUUGUGUCCAUAUAUUGUUCAAACGAAACGCUGGCAGAAAUAUUCUCCAAAGUGAAAUAGACAUAACGCCUUUGCCAUAAACAAUAAAAUUUGAAA